CUCUAGUUCAGUUUCCCUUUUGUUUUUCCGCUGGUUUUCCGAGAGUUUUCAACCCUUUGGGCCUCCAACUGACACUCUAUUGUUCUAAAAGACUGUGAAAAUGCUGUUGUUAGUGAGAAAGUGUCGAAUUCCUGCGAGAUUUCCCUGCGCUGUGAAGAGUUAUUGUUCUCAAGGAACUCCCGAAAUUGGGAGCUUUCCUCUCCGGGGGAUUCGCAUUCUGGACCUCACACGGAUAGUGGCAGGUCCAUACUGCACAAUGAUCCUGGCGGACUUGGGCGCGGACGUGAUUAAGGUGGAAAAGCCAGGGUCGGGAGAUGAGUCACGCCACUGGGGUCCACCGUUCCUGGCCAACUCCCCGGAUUCCGUGUACUUCAUGGCCUCCAACCGGAACAAGAGGAGCGUCUGCAUCGACAUGAAGCUCGGCAGGAGUAUUUUCGAGGAUCUGGCGAGGAAAUGUGACGUUCUGGUGGAGAAUUACGUUCCCGGAAAGCUGAAGAAGUUUGGAUUGGAUUACGACUCGCUCAAGAAAGUCAACGAGGGCCUGAUUUACUGCUCAAUCACCGGCUAUGGCAGCAGAGGACCUUAUGCCAGCAGGCCAGGAUUUGACGUGAUCGCAGCAUCUGAAGGCGGCCUCUGUCACAUCACAGGCGCUGAAGAUGGGGCGCCAGCAAAGGUGGGCGUGCCCAUGACGGACAUCGCGACUGGAUUAUACGCUCACGGAGCCAUUUUGGCCGCCCUGCUGGCUAGGAGAGACUCCGGAAGAGGUCAGAAAAUAGACGUGGACCUCUUUUCUACCCAAAUCUCGUGCCUGAUCAACGUGGGCGGCAACUUCCUCAACGCCGGCAUCGAGGCGAAGCGCUGGGGCACUGCUCACUCCUCCAUCGUGCCCUACCAGGCUUUCAAGACCACCUCAGGCUACCUCACGUUGGGAGCGGGCAGCGACGCCCACUUUAAGUCACUCUGCAGCCUCUUGAACAUCCCUGAAAUCGCGGAGAAUCCCAAGUUCCUCACCAAUACUCUCCGAGUGCAGCACAGGCGGGAACUCAUAGACCUCCUGGAAGGCAUUCUCAGCCAAAAGAGCACCUCAGACUGGAUGAAAGUCUUCAGUAACGCUCCCUUCCCGGUCGCCCCCAUCAAUUCCAUCCGGGAAGUCUUCGAGGACGAGCACGUGAAGGCGAUAAACCUGGUCAAGACAGUGUCUCAUCCAGCGUCCGGGUCUGUGAAGGUCGUGGGACCGCCAGUGGUGUUCAGCGAUGCACAGAACAGCGUUCGAACACCUCCUCCGACUCUUGGGCAGCACACGGAUGAGGUUCUGGCAGAGAUUUUAGGCUACAGCCCAAAAGAAAUUGAAGAUUUGAAGCUGAAGAAAGUCAUCCAGUGAUUUGAGGGCAUUUUUCUAAAUUAGCUUUUGUACAAAUUCAAGUCAAUAAAAGCAGAGAAACGUGAAAUUUCUUGCUUUUUGGCUCUACUAUUUAUCUUAUCAAUUUGUUC